AUCUGAUCAAUGAGGGCCAAGGUUUGGAAGCUCUAUUUAAGACUGGCUUUUCCCGAGAGUGCCAGAUUUUGCUAACAAGAGAAUCUCAACUCCGUUGCAUAAACUUGUCUGAGCAAUAAACCCGGCAAAAUGGACGCAAAUAUCUUGGCUGAAAGGUUGAGAAACACUCAUUUGAGCAUCAGACCUGGCGAGAAAGAGCAGUUACUAUUUAAACCUCGAGCAGAUGCCGAAUUAACCCGAGAUGUCCUUUGCAAUAUUCCUAGAUAUCUCUUUCGCAUAGUAUCUCCCCUUUCCGGUGGAGAAACGGACGGAAUAUGGAUGCGUUCAGAAGCAGCUAGUCGAAAUAUGAAGUCUUCUCGCGAAGACAUUUUCUUCGGCUUGAAUUUUGAGAAACGGGAAACUAUAGCCCGUACAAUCAACGUCCAUCUCCGAUGGCGGCUAACGGAUGAUUUCGAAGGCAAUUUUGUGUCUUGGUCCAGCUCUUUACUCUAUGUACUUCAAUUCAUCUACUACCGGCACUUGAACCGCAGAGACAGAUCGAGUUUAGAAGAGAUCAAGUUGUACGUCAUCGAUACAGAGGAAUUUCCUCCGGGGACAUUUAUUCGGGAUUUAGAUCUGAUUAACGCUUUCUACAAAUUCGACGAUCAUCAUCCAAGAGAUCUACGGGAUUUCCGGAGCUUGCGAGAAAAUACCGGGUAUUAUUUUGGGGAAUAUCUUUCUCAGGGAUCACUGAAGAUUGAAGGUAAAUACCAGAUGAUAUCUGCAAAAUCGCUCUUUGAUGCGAAUCGAUUGUGCCGUUUACAACCUGAAUUCGGAGAUAUAUACAGCCUUCUGGCAGAAAAAAAAGAACCAAAAUGGGCGAAGGAGGUUCGUCGUCUUCGCGGAAUCGUCUGGUCAGCUGCCAAGUCUGUGCCAUUGCCAUCACAAGAAAUGCUUGACCGCAUGGAGGCCAUCUCAGAAAUCAUAGAGAAUUUCGACCCUGGUUGGAGAUUUCCUAUGGCUAUCUAUUUUGCAGCCCUGAUCGGCCCAGAACCAGAAACGGAAGAGCAAGGAUCAGCUCCUGAUAACGUCUUCUAUGCGUGCUUUCGAUCCAAAUUUGCCGAAGAACAAAGGUAUUACGGAUCUCCAAAGUUCAGAGUCAUCGCCCCAAACACAAUGCCCGAAUUAAAGCGAGUCAGCGAAAUAUGCAAGUACUUCCAGCUAAGAGAAGCACUGGAGUUUGCCAAGAAGGCUGAAGCAAGUCUUCGCAGGUUGCGUAUGAAAAAUGGAAGCUUCCUUCAAGUUGCCGACUCGAACGAAACGUUGACUGGAGCUCGUCGGACGCUUUUAUUGACACUUAACAAGACACAGAAGCUGUGUGAGCAAGUUUCUCAGGCCAUCUCUCCCUCUAGUGCAAAGAAGACAUAACUUGGGAGGGAAUUGUCCUUUUUAACACAUAACUAGC